AUGAGCUGCACCCGGGCUGUUCGGUCGCUGCCGCUGCAGGUUCACACAAGCCUUUCCUGGUUCUCUCUGUUGCCGUUGGCAUACACGAUCCGCUCCUGGUCCCUUCUGGUGCUGCCGUCCCUGGCACACAUUGCCACUGUCCCGCUACUCUGCCAGAGUGUCGAGUUUGAGAUCUUCCUGGUCUUUGUGUGGCCCAGUAGUGGGAGAGUGGCAGCGCGCUCUGGGAGCAGAGGCACCGGAGGGGACUGGGAGCAGAACAGGUGUGCCGGUGGUGCCAGUGGGGACCGGGAGUGGCUCGUACAAGCCCGCCUCGGCAGCAACCGAACAGUCAGGGUGUGGGGCGUGCGAGCCGGUGGCAGUGGCACCAGAGGAGCCUGGGAGAGGUUCACAUGGGAGAGGCCUACGCACACCUGCAGCAGUGCCAGAGGGAGCAGCUGCGCUCCCCACACACAACCAAAAUUCCAGCCGGAUGCAAAGUCACCUGGACCAGACCUAAAGGCCCCUGAUGGCACACAGCUACCCGCUGCUGAAGAUAAUAAUUCUACCUUUGAAUGCUUUCAGUUAAAGAUGUCCAGGAAGAUGCCUAUCCAUGGAAAUGUUCCCAACUGGGCAAAAAAAAGGAAAGUUCUUGCAGUAGUCUAUCAGGGAGCUACCAGAAUUCAACUUGUAAGAUACCUGAGUGAUGACAAGAUUGUGAGAUUAGAGGUAUCAUGAACUCUCAGUGACAAGCAAAACUCACAGCAAAAGUUAAAGGAAAAGCAGAGCCACAACCAUUCUCCAGAUCCAAAUACAAUCAUGGAUAACAAGCAUCACAGAAAUGCCAGCCAAAAAAUUUCCAUCUGUAGGAGUCAUUGCAAGGACUAUAGAUACCUACAGAGUUUCCAGAGUUUUGGGUCUCAAAUGAAUCCUAUUCAUCUCCUAAGUGCUGAUGAUUAUACCUCUGAAGUCUCAGCACCUGUCUGUCACCCCACUUCCAUGAGCCUUUGGUCUGUUGUCUGCCCCAAGAUUCACAGAAAUAACAUAUAUUCUUUGGACACUGGAGCUGCAAUAUAUUCCAAAUGUUUCAUGGAAAUCAAUAAUUCUCCUUUUCAUAAAUGUUUCAUAGAUUCUGAUGACAAUACAGACCCUGAUUCUCCUUUACAUCUCCAAAUUACCUUGGAUUCUAAAUAUUUUAUGAGCCCUAAAUUUAUUAGACCCCACAAGACUUCUUGGACCAGCUCUUUAUCUCAGUAUCUGUAUCCUAAUAAUCCUGUGGGCAUCUGCUGUCCUCUACACCAGGAAGAUUCUAAAUAUUCCUUGGUUUCAAUUUCUUAUUUAUACUGUGAAAAUUGCUCAGCUCGCCAAAAUCUCAUAAGCUCUACUGUUACCUGUACAUUACCCAUGAAUCCUCAAAAUACCAUGGGCCACCAUAGUACCACUGACCCAAAAAAUUUAAUCAACACCAGCAAUUUUGCUGGUCUUGUGAGUGAGGGCAAGUUCAAUCUUACUGCCAAUCUGGACAAUGAGCCUAAACUGGUCAGUACUGCCAAUCUAAAAAGUAGUAAUGCCAAAGACAAGCCUCUUCUCAAAGAUGAGACAGACCAUGAUGAUUAGACAGACUCUGAAGAUGAGAAUGAUCCUGAAGAUGAAACAGACUCUGAAGAUGAAAACAAAACCAAAGAUAAGAAAGAUCCCAAAGAUAUGUCUGAGUCUGAUGACACUGAUCCCAAAGAUAGCAAUGCUGAAAAUGAUGCAGACACAAAUAAUGGGCCUAGUGGUGAUGCUAACCCUCCAAGUGAAGCUGAUUCCAACAUAGAUGGUGACUUCAGCAAUUGAACUGACUCCAGCAAUAAACCUGACACUAACAUUGAUAAUGCCACUAACAGUGAUACUAACUCCAAAUACAGCACUGAUUCUGAGGGAAAACACACCAACAAUUCAGACAAUGCCUCUGACCUAAACAGUGGUGUUAUUCGAGACUGUGCUGCUGACUCCAACAAUGGCAUUAAUCCAAACUAUACCUCUGGGCUACCAAGUGGAACUGACCUGGACUACACUUCUGGCCCCAGCAAUGCCACAAGGUCAUGCAAUGAUAUUUGCACCAACAAUGGACUGGGCCCCAACAACAUCAGGCCUGGCUCUAAUAUCAAUGGAUCUGGCCUCCAAAACAAUGCCCAUCAUCCCCAAAAUAUCACAUUAGGUCCCAAUAACCCUGGUCCCAGUAGCAAUAGCUCUGGCCCUAACAUCAGUGGCCUUGGCCCCAGCCAUAGCCCUGAACACAAUGACAAUAGCACUGAUCUUGACAAUAAUAACCCUGGCCUUAGAAAAGAUGCUCACUCUAACUAUAAUGUCAGGCUUAGUGACGCUACUAGUCACAAUAGUGCUAUUAGUCCUAACAAGGAUGCCAACUCCAGCUAUGAUAUAAAACCCACCAGUGCUGCUUGCCACAACUCUGCAACUGUCUCAAACCAUGACUCAGAUAUUGACUCUGACCCAGGAUUUACCCAUGUAGUAGGUUCUAGCUUUGUAGUCCACCCCAACUAUAUUGCCAGAAACAGCUAUGCUGUCACCAGAGCUAGUAUUACAGCUAGCAUUGUCAGUGUCACUGACACCAGCAAUACCACUGCUUGCGCUGGUACUAUUAAGCUUAGCUAUACUGCUGGCACUGACUAUGCCUCAGACAGUAACCAUGACCCUAGAUUUACUCAUGUUGUUGGCUCCAACUUUGUCAUCAAUCCCAAUUAUGUCAUAAAUACUCAUAACGGUCACAAGUCUACUAGUACCAGCAAUAUUAAUAGUUUCUCUGAGCCUGAAUUGGAAAUAGGUCCCAGUUCCUCUAUUCCUAAUAUUGUUUAUGACUCCGCUGGCUCCAUGGACUCUGCUAGCUUUAAGUAUGUUACUGAGUCCAAGGAUGUCCUUGAUGCCAAGGAAUCUGGAUUUUUAAAAAUGUCCAGAGUUCAGAAUCCCAUUGGUAUCAAAGAUCAUGCUAGUUUAAACUUUGACUCCAGUUCAAAUAUUCCACUUCCUAGUUUUUAUAUUAUAGUGAAAGCUGAACCACCAGAUGUUCAGAAGUUAACCAUAUCAUUAGGUGCUGUGAAUCAAAUUUUUAAGCUCAUCCUCCACACAGGUAGCAGACAAAACCUUGGCCCUUGA